UAUAAGCGAUGAUAGGAAUGCAAGAGAAACGUUUUACGGAAAAUUGAAAUUAGAUUUUACUAUCUAAAUAGAAAUCGUCAUAAUUUGCAAAAAACAUCAAACUCCAUCAAAGUAUAUUUUCAUUAUAACAUGUUCCUUUUAGAAAAUAUUUUACUUCGAUAUGGAUAGUUAAAAGAUUAAAUACCCUGUUUUCCCUCAAAUAUAUCCGGAUUUUUCUUUUUAGUCAUCAUACAACUGUUACUGGCGAAAAUGGGUUUGGAAAGUACUAUAGUUUGUGUGGACAGCAGUGAUUAUAUGAGGAAUGGAGAUUUUGUACCAACACGAUUUCAAGCUCAACAAGAUGCUGUCAAUCUUGUGUGUCAUUCCAAAACUCGUUCCAACCCAGAAAACAAUGUGGGGCUCAUUUCAAUGGGAAGCUCUGUGGAUGUCUUAGUCACCUUGACCUCAGAUGUGGGGCGUCUUCUUAGCAAACUACACCAAGUACAGCCCAAAGGCAUUAUCAACUUUAACACUGCAGUCAAAGUUGCACAUCUUGCACUAAAGCAUCGACAAGGGAGGAACCACAAGAUGAGAAUUGUAGUGUUUGUUGGAAGUCCGAUUGAGGACGAUGAGAAAGAGAUGGUCAAACUUGCUAAGAAACUGAAGAAAGAGAAGGUCAACAUUGAUAUAAUUAACUUUGGUGAAGAGCAACUGAACACCGACAAACUCACUACAUUUAUCAACACCAUAAAUGGAAAAGAUGGAAACAGCUGCCACUUAGUGACCGUACCCCCUGGUCCGAUGCUUUCAGAGGCACUAAUGAACUCCCCAGUCCUGGUUGGAGAGGACGGGUCAGGAGCUGGGCUCUCGGCAGUUGGAUUUGAAUUUGGAGUGGAUCCAAAUGAAGACCCAGAGUUAGCAUUGGCAUUGCGUGUAUCCAUGGAAGAACAAAGAGCCAGACAGGAGGAUGAAGCAAAGAAGGCCAAUCCAGUUCCCACCACUGAAGCAGGGGCUCAGCCAGCAGAAGGCGGAGGAAACACUGAGGAAACUAUGUUGGAGCAGGCAUUGGCGAUGUCGAUGCAACCGGAGGCAGUUGAGCAGCCCACACCUAGUGUACCAGACUUCGGUUCAAUGUCAGAAGAGGAACAGAUAGCAUACGCCAUGCAGAUGUCUCUGGCCAAUUCUGCUGUCCCAACAACUGAAAACACCCCAGCACCAAUGGAUGUUGAUGAAGAAAAGUCGUCUGAUGACAAAAAGACGGCUGAUGAAGAUUACUCGGAUGUGAUGAAUGACCCAGCCUUCCUUCAACAGGUGUUAGAAAAUCUCCCAGGUGUCGACCCCCAAGACGAGGCUAUACAGAAUGCCGUUAGUUCUAUGACUAAAGAUGGAAGUAAAAAAGACGAUCAGAAUAAGAAGUAGAUCUAAUUGUAUACCAGUUUUACGUACAUUCAUCACAUUCAUAUGAUAUUUAUGUUUUUAUGAGGUUGAAUAGUGAAGCAAUUAUUCCUAAAUUAAACAGGAGCCAUUGAUGUUCAUUAUGUGUAAAUGUGAGGAAAUUAAGAAAACAUGCCUGUAUUGAAACCAGCACUGUGUGGCUGUCUGUGUCAAAAGUUCCAAAUAAAGACAAUGUAUAUAAAUAA